CCGAGAACUCUCUUUAGGUCUUCAUGAUGUCUGUCUCUGCCUCCAUGCUCCAGAAUUUUUGUCUUAUCCUGUGGUUGACCCUUCUGCUCAGACUCACAGUAGCAGGCGCACAGGAGGUUCUGAAAGUAAUUCAGCCUGAGAAUCCAGUCCUGGUUGGUGUUGGAGAGACAGCGACUCUACACUGCACUAUAACCUCUCUGUACCCUGUGGGACCUGCCCUGUGGUUCAAGGGACAAGGACAAAGUCGGAAGUUAGUUUACAGUUUCAAAGGAGGCCACUUCCCCCGUGUCACAAAUACAUCUGAUACCACAAUAAGAAACAACAAGGACUUUUCCAUCCAUAUCAGGAAUGUCAUCCUAGCAGAUGCUGGCACCUACUACUGUGUGAAGUUCCAGAAAACAUCUGAUAAAGACAAAGAGUUUCAGUCUGGAGGAGGCACUGAAUUGUUUGUACAUGUGGCAAGGACAGAGGAGUCCCUGCAAGUGAUUCAGCCUGAAAAGCCAGUGCUGGUUGCUGCUGGAGCAGCCUUUCUGCCCUGCACUGUGGCCUCUGUGUUCCCUGUGGGGCCCAUCCUGUGGUACAGAGGAGAAGGACAAAAUCGGGAGUUAGUUUACAAUUUCAAAGGAGGCCACUUCCCCCCUGUCACACAAAUGUCAGAUACCACACAGAGAAGCAACAGGGACUUUUCCAUCCACAUCAGGAAUGUCACCCUAGCAGAUGCUGGCACCUACUACUGUGUGAAGUUCCAGAAAACAGCUUAUGGAGACAUAGAGUUUCAGUCUGGAGGAGGCACUGAGUUGUCCGUGCAUGAAUUAGAGACAUCUUCUACUGCUACAUUCCUCAUAGCCCUGCUUCUCAGCACCAAGGUGCUACUGGUGAUCAUUGUCUCUGCUAUCUACAUCAACAUUUACAAGAAACAGAAGGCCUAAUUAUGCUUCCUAUCUACUCAGAACAGCUGUCUCAUGAGAAGAGGAGCACAUGUGAUACAAGAACAGGAAGAGAUAUUUCUUAAACAAGGAGAAGAUAACCAAAUUAGACAUGUUUCCCCACUACCUCAACUUCCUGCCCUACUACACUGAACACCCAGUCUCUGCUACUUCCUUCCUGCUCUGAGAGGAUAGACCUGGAAGAAAAUGUGUUAAGAAGCUUCUUUACAGUGAAAGAUUUAUACUGUAAAAAUUAUACUACUCUGAAAAAAGAG